CGAUAUUCAGUUUGUUUUAAACAUGGCCGAAACAGCAGCAGAGGGAGCGAAAGCUGGGUCAUAUUUUCGGAAAGAAAGAAUAAAAUGCACCCCGGAGGAGGAGGCCAGACUUGAGAGGGAACAUUUUUGGAGAAUAAUUGAUGCUUUUAGAUUUUACAGGGUCCACGUCCAGGACCAAGUCAGACGUGCUGAGCGUCAGUUUCUCAGCCUUUCACAGCGCCACCAAAAUUUGCUGCCCGCUGUUACGACCAAUCUGGCCCGGAUCAGCCGGUGUGCCGACCACAACCAGGAAGUGCUGCAGGCCAUCAUUGACAACAGCCUCCACAUGUUUGAGAAUAUGGAGUAUGGUGAGAGGGAGGACCAGAGGAAGGUGCGUCCUCCCUCUACGUUUGACAUGGACAAACUCAAGUCCACCAUAAAGCAGUUCGUCAGAGACUGGAGUGACGCAGGUCAAGCGGAGAGGGAUUCCUGCUACCAGCCGAUCAUCCAAGAGAUCCAAAGACUUUUCCCAAAUGACCAAUAUGAUGUGUCUAAGGUGAGCGUGCUGGUUCCGGGCGCUGGGCUUGGACGUCUAGCCUGGGAGAUAGCUCGGCAGGGUUAUACAUGCCAGGGCAAUGAAUGGAGCUUCUUCAUGCUCUUCUCCUCAAACUUUGUUCUCAAUAGGUGUGAAGACGUCAACGCUCUGACCCUCUAUCCCUGGAUCCACCAGUUCAGCAACAACAAGAAAUCCUCCGACCAAACACGACCAAUCAGGUUCCCUGACAUCAACCCUCAGAGCCUGCCUCUGACUUCAGACUUCUCCAUGGUCGCGGGGGAUUUUGUGGAAGUCUACUCUGAAUCAGAGUCCUGGGACUGUGUGGCCACCUGCUUCUUUAUUGACACAGCCCAUAAUGUCAUAGAGUAUGUGGAGACCAUCUGGAAGAUUCUUAAGCCUGGUGGUGUGUGGAUCAACUUGGGGCCACUGCUUUAUCACUUUGAGAACAUGGCCAACGAGCUCUCAAUUGAACUUAGCUAUGAAGACAUUAGGACAGCGAUGGUUAAAGUAGGCUUCCACAUCGAGGUGGAGAAAGAGUCGAUGCAGACCACCUACACAGAGAAUGACCACUCUAUGUUGAGAUACGUGUACGACUGUGUCUUCUUUGUGGCACGAAAACCUGCUGCACUGUAUGUUAAUGGUGAUUACGACAAUCAGCAGCAAAGCUCUCCACCGGCCGCUAAGUCCCCACGACGAGAGAGUACAGACAGCCGGACGUGACAAAAAGAAACGGCAAAAACGGUGAAACCAGUAAAACUAAGAUUAAAAAGAUUUGACUAACAAAAUGGAAAAAUUAAAUGGACACGGGAAAUAAAAAGAAAUAAAUAAGUGGACAUGAUUUUUCUUUUUGUCAAAUAUAUUUUUUUAAGAUGUCUUUCCAGGGGGAAAAAUGUAUCCACUCCACAGGCUCUGUUUUUGUGGGACAGUCAAAGAACCUGAAUAUGGCUUCAAAUGUAGAAUGUAAUAUGAAGUAUUGCAGUGCUAUGUUAUCUGUAACAUAUGGAAAAAAAAAAUACUUAUCAUCUCUUGAUCCCUACGUUUCAGAUGAAUCAGUUACCAUCGGCUGCUAUUGUAUCAGUGGUCUGAGCUCCUCUACAAGCCAUGAUGAGCGUAUUUCUUUUAACUACUAAGGCCUUCAGUCUUAAUGAUUCUUAUCUGUCUAUUUCCACUGCCUGAAAGUAUGUGUGUGUGUGAUACAAAGAAUGUGAUGUACAUGUUUGCUUUUGAAAUGUAUUUAUUUUAUUAUUUUUUUUCCAAUAUCGUGCCAAUAACUACAUCUACUCAGUUGUACCGAUUACAUUUCAGCUUUCAGGAGGAAAGCUACAAACAACCUUCAUCUGCAUUUCUGGUUUCUAAUCAUCUUUGGAAUAAAGCCAAACAUUUUAAAACUACAAA